CUCUGUUUUCUCUCUCGUCCUUCUCUUUCCUCUUUUCUUUUCAAAAAAAAAAAAAAGAAUCAAAGUUUGUAAAGUCUGUAACUAGUGGAAGCAAUCAAACGCCUCUCCAUUCACCUCAAAUUUCUCACUUCUUCUUGUCCCCUUCACCCUUUGUUGAUCUCCUCACGCUCUUUUCAUUUCCCCUCGGUGAUUUUGCUACUCUCUUUCUUCUUCAUGUUAAGCUUGCCUUUCAGAUCUAAGUUUUAAUGAUGUUAAGACAAAACAACACUAAUUUUCUUCCUGGGAAAAUCCGAAAACGUGCCUGUUCACCUUCGCCUUCUUCGGCUUCGUCGUCAAUUAUUCAGAACUAUCGGUUUAAGCGCGCGAUUCUCAUUGGGAAAAGGGGGGGAUCCAGUACGCCGGUACCCACAUGGAGGCUUAUGCGGACGCCAUCUUCCGCGGCCGCAUUACGUGCGGUGGACUUGCACAGUGAAAGUGGCGGCGGCGGGAAAAGUAAGCAACAGUUGCAGCAGCCGGUUUCGGCGAGGAAAUUGGCGGCUACUUUGUGGGAAAUGAACGAGAUGCCGUCACCAAAAGUUAAAGAGAGUGGUGGCGGUGAGUUUGAUGAGAGGAGAUUGAGAAGAGAGGCGAGAGCGAGAGAGAGAGAAAGGGCGGCGGCGGCGAGAUCUUUGCAUUCGGGCUCUUUGCCUCCGCAUUUGUCGGAUCCUUCUCAUAGUCCGGUUUCUGAGAGGAUGGAUCGAUCUGGAACAGGAAGUCGGCACAGAAGAGGGUCGUCCAUUUCACAAAUGCUUAGGUUAAUGGAACACAAUGGAAGAGCUGUGGAUUCUGUUAGCAAUGCCAGUUUAAUGGAGAUUGAGACAAGAUCUCGACCCCAGACUCCUGGUGGCUCAACCGUUGGAGUUAAGAGCCGUUUGAAGGAUGUUAGCAAUGCCUUGACAACAUCUAAAGAGCUACUCAAAAUUAUUAACCGCAUGUGGGGUCAAGAAGAUCGGCCAUCUUCUAGCAUGUCCCUUGUCUCAGCCUUACAUGCCGAACUUGAGAGAGCGCGCUUGCAAGUCAAUCAGGUUAUCCAAGAACAGCGCUCAGACCAGAAUGAGAUCAACUAUCUGAUGAAGUGUUUUGCUGAAGAAAAGGCAGCAUGGAAAGACAAAGAGCAGGAAGUGGUUGAGGCUGCCAUUGAGUCCGUUGCAGGGGAACUUGAGGUUGAAAGGAAGUUGAGGAGACGGUUUGAAAGCUUGAAUAAGAAGCUUGGCAAAGAGCUGGCUGAGACUAAAGCAUCAUUUCUUAAGGCAGUGAAAGAACUUGACAAUGAGAAGAGAGCAAGAGUGGCUAUUGAACAUGUAUGUGAUGAGUUGGCCAGAGAUAUUGGUGAUGAUCAAGCUCAAGUAGAAGAACUCAAGAGAGAAUCUGCUGUAGUUCGUGAAGAGGUUGAAAAGGAAAGGGAAAUGAUGCAGUUAGCUAAUGUAUUGCGCGAAGAGAGAGCACAAAUGAAACUUUCAGAGGCUAAACAUCAGCUCGAAGACAAAAAUGCAGCUGUUGAUAAACUGAAGAGUCAACUUGAAGCUUUUAUGGGAACCAAAAAGGUAAAAGAAAAAGGGCGUCUUUCUGUUAAUCAGCCAAAACCAACCAAUGAGGAGAUUGCAGCCUAUUUAAGCAGAACCUGCUUUGGUUCGCAUCAGAAUGAAGAAAAUGAGAAUGAUGGAGAAGUAGAAGAUGGAGUGGAUUGUGAAGAAGACUCGGCUGAAAGUGAUCUUCAUUCCAUCGAAUUAAAUAUGGACAAUAAUAACAAGAGCUACAAGUGGGCUUAUCCCCCUGGAGCUACUUGUGAUCAAAGACUGCUUCCAUUUGAUGAAGAUGAAAUCAAGGGAAGGAAGUCUACCUCUGGCAAAGCACCUAGAAGAAGCACUUCAUUGCAGCGGAGCAUAUCAGAUGGAGUUGAUUGGGGAAUCCAAGCUGAAAGUUUCCAAAAUUCAGGAGAUGACUUACAGUGGGGAAGACUGGCUGAAGCAGAGAAGCAAGCACAAGUUUAUGGAGAUGAAUUAAAUGGGUUUAAGUCAGCAAAAGGUCUUAGGGACCAACUUUUGUCCGGUUCUAGAUUAGGACCUUCCAGAGUAUACGCUAGUCCAACACGCCCUUCACGAGAUCAAGGCAACAUGGCUCAAGAGCGACCCCCUAUUGUGCCAGGGAGCCUCGUGAAAUCAAGACUAUCAGAGUCCAGAGGUGAGGGCCAGAAUGCAAGGAAAUCCAGAUGGUGAGGCCAUGCUUCUGCGUGGAUAAUUCACAUUGUUCACGAUUCUUCCACAGCCCCUCGACUUGCAAUCAUACCUGCAAAUUCAUGGCUGUUCUUCAAAGGCGAUGAGGGCUUGUCAAUGGCAUAUACAGGAAAAGAUAAGAUUUAGACUGUUAAGAGUUGUCUUUUCGAUUAAUGGUUUGUUUGUCAUUACCUAGAGCAGUUGAAGUUGCAGCGAUUGCUGCAUUAUGGCUAGAAAUGUUGUGUUUAUAGGAAGUAUGUUGAAACUUCUCCUGUACAAAAACUUCCUAUUAUAACUGAGGUGUAAUUAAGUUGAUUCCCUGCGUGAUUUUCCA